AUGUCAGAGGGUUCUGCAGUGAAGGUUGUCUUUGUGAUAUAUUGCUACAAUGAACACAAUGCCAUCUACGUCAUUGCGGGAUCCCACCCCUCAACCAAGUCAACCCUUCAUCACAGCCCACCCCUCAACCUAGUCAACCAUUCAUCACAGCCCACUCCUCAACCUAGUCAACCCUCAUCAUCACAGCCCACCCCUCAACCUCACCAGUCAACCCUUCAUCACUCAACCGAGCCCACAGGAGUCAACCCUUCCUCAACAACCGAGUCAACCCUUCUCAACCAAGUCAACCCUUCAUCACAGCCCACCCUCCUCAACCUAGUCAAGCCAUUCAUCACACAGCCCACCCUCAAGUCAACCCUUCAUCACAGCCCACCAACCUCCACACCUCAGUCCACCCCUCAACCUAGUCAACCAUUUCACUCCUCUAGUCAGCCCACUCUCCCACCCCUCAACCAUUCAUCACAGCCCACCCCUCAACCUAGUCAACCAUUCAUCACAGCCCACCCCUCAACCUACCAACCUAGUAAACCCUUCAUCACAGCCAAUUCACCAACCGAGUCAGCCCUUCAUCACAGCCCAUUCCUCAACCGAGUCAACACUUCAUCACAGCCACUCCUCAACCGAGUCAACCCUUCCACACAGCCCACCCCUCAACCGAGUCAACCCUUCAUCACAGCCACUCCUCAACCGAGUCAACCCUUCAUCACAGCCCACUCCUCAACCAAGUCAACCCUUCAUCAACCGAGUCCCUUCAUCACAGCCCACUCCUCAACCAAGUCAACCCUUCAUCACAGCCCAUUCACCAACCUACCAACCGAGUCUCAUGGCCACACUCCUCACUCCUCAACCGAGUCAACCCUUCAUCACAACUUCUUCAACCUAGUCAACCAUUCAUCACAGCCCACUCCUCAACCUAGUCAACCAUUCAUCACAGCCCACUCCUCAACCGGAGUCAGCCAUUCAUCACAGCUCCACUCAACCCAUCACAGCCCUCAAGUCCACCUUCAUCACAGCCCACUCCUCAGCCGAGGUCAAGCCCUUCAUCACAGCCCACUCCUCAACCAAGUCCACCCUUCAUCACAACUCCUCAACCGAGUCAACCCCAUCACAGCCCACCCCCUCAACCUAGUCAACCCUUCAUCAAAGCCCAAGCCCACUCCUAGUCAACCCAUUCAUCACAGCCCACUCCUCAGCCUAGUCAGCCCUUCAUCACAGCCCACCCCUCAACCAAGUCAACCCUUCAUCACAGCCCCACUCCUCAACCAGCCAUCACAGCCAACUCCUCAACCGAGUCAGCCCUUCAUCAGCCCACCCCUCCUCAACCGAGUCAACCCUUCAUCACAGCCCAUCAGCCCCAGUCUAGUCAGCCCUUCAUCACAGCCCAUUCAGCCUAGUCAGCCAACCGAGUCAACCCUUCAUCACAGCCCAUUCCUCAGCCUACAGAGUCAUCACCCUUCAUCACAGCCCACUCCUCACCCCCAAGUCAACCCUUCAUCACAGCCCACCCUCAACCUGAGUCAACCAUUCAUCACAGCCCACUCCUCAACCUACCCACUCCUCAACCCUUCACCACAGCCCACCCUCAACCGAGUCAACCCUUCAUCACAGCCACUCUUCAACCAAGUCAACCAUUCAUCACAGCCCACUCCUCAACCUAGUCAACCAUUCAUCACAGCCCACUCCUCAACCGAGUCAACCCUUCAUCAAAAACCCACUCCUCAACCGAGUCAACCAUUCAUCACAGCCCAUGCACCAACCGAGUCAACCCUCAUCACAGCCUACUCCUCAAUCAAGUCAACCAUUCAUCACAGCCCAUUCACCAACCUAGUCCACACUUCAUCACAGCCCACUCCUCAACCGAGUCAACCCUUCAUCACAGCCCACUCCUUAACCGACCAACUCCUCAACCGAGUCAACCCUUCAUCAAAAACCCACUCCUCAACCGAGUCAACCAUUCAUCACAGCCCAGCCACUCUUCAAGCCUCCUCAACCAAGUCAACCCUUCAUCACAGCCCACUCCUCAACCAAGUCAACCCUUCAUCACAGCCACUUAACCGAGUCCUCAACCUAGUCAACCCUUCAUCACAGCCCACACCUCAACCAAGGUCAGCCCUUCAUCACAGGUCAACCCUUCCCAGCCCCUCCUCCUCAGCCAAGUCAACCAUUCAUCACAGUCAGCCCCCUCAACCAAGUCAACUCUUCAUCACAGCCUACUCCUCAACCUAG